AUGGCGCCUAAUUCUGCCAUUCCUCACAUAUCACUACAUAUUGCGGCUUCAUCGAGUGGAAAGGGACGGAAGUACCGCCCCGAACUCAGUACAUAUGACUACAUCCCCAGCAACGAGGACGGGCUUGGUCUGCAACAUGGAUCAACGCUUGACGAGAAGAGAGCACGACGUCCCGAUAGCGGCCAGGACGCAUAUUUCGUUGCCCGCGUGGGGCCCGACUCCGAUACCACAGCGUUUGCAAUCGCGGACGGCGUGGGCGGGUGGACCGAGCAUGGCAUCGACCCAGCGGACUUCUCGCACGGCCUGUGCAGCUACAUGGCGGAGACGGCGCUUGCAUGGUCCGGAGGGGAACGCCUCGGUCCGAAACAGCUGCUAGAGAUAGGCUAUGAGAAGACAAUCCGAGACCCUGCCAUCAAGGCCGGCGGAACCACUGCAUGUGUCGCAGUGACAGAUGGCAACGGUCGCAUGCGCAUCGCCAAUCUGGGUGACUCGGGCUUCCUCCAACUCCGCCUGGGCACCGUCCAGCACUACUCCAAUCCGCAGACGCACGCCUUCAACACCCCCUAUCAAAUGUCCCUUACUCCGCCGGAAAUUGUCGCCCAAGCAAUGGUCUUUGGCGGCUUACCUCUGAACGACAAGCCCGACCGCGCCGACAUGGCCGACCACAUGCUCCGACACGGCGACGUGCUGGUCCUGGCCACGGACGGCGUGUGGGACAAUCUCAACUCGCAGGACAUUUUGUCCAUUGUAUCCCACCAUAUGCGCGCGACUGGCGCGUGGCUCCGAUCCGAAGAUCAAGGCUAUGUGAUCUCUCCUGUCCUGUCUGAACUCGUGGACCUGAAUCUGGCGCCUCAGAAACACCAACUGAGGAUAUCCGACUCGGUCGACGUCACGACGCAGCAGUCUCCCUUCGCCACCGGAUCUUUGCAGAGUGUCUUGGCCGCAGCGAUUGUCGGGGAAGCAAAGGCCGCCAGCUUGUCCAGCAAGAGAGACGGACCCUUUGCCAAGGAGAUGCAGAAGCAGUUUCCCUAUGAUCCGUGGCAUGGUGGGAAAGUCGACGACAUCUCCGUGCUGGUCGUCGUCGCUGUCGAUGAGAGUCAGCCCAGGACGGAGAACAAGCUCCUAAAGGCGAAGCUGUGA